AUGGCUAGCAUAAGACACAUUCUGGCAAAAAUUACCUUUCGAGAAAGAGAUGACCCUUUGGACAUCUGGGCAACAUUAGCAUUUUACCCACAAGUGCCAGAAAAGUCGAUUACCAUCAGUCUUUUUGAUGCCGAUGGCGUGUGUGUCUUCAAAUGCUUACUCAACAGAGACACUGAAUGUUGCCGCGUGGGGAAGGAAUCCGUCUUGAUUACACUGGGAUACAACAGCAUUUUGCUGAAGUUUGAGUCUCACGCUGAUCUCAGCUCAUUUUCAAAUACCUUGAAAAGAUGCCGGAAGGAGAAAAAGGAAUCCUCGGUGUUCAGCCAGCGGACAGAAGAGGCAUCUGCCGUACAGUAUUUCCAGUUUUAUGGCUGCAUUUCCCAGCAACAGAACAUGAUGCAGGAUUUUGUGAGGACAGCCACUUACCAUAGAGCCAUCCUCCAGAACCACACUGACUUCCGAGACAAGGUUGUUCUGGACGUUGGUUGCGGAUCUGGAAUACUGUCAUUUUUUGCUGUUCAGGCUGGAGCUAGGAGAGUGUAUGCUGUUGAAGCCAGUUCAGUAGCACAAUAUGCUGAGAUGCUGGUGAAAAAUAACCACCUCUCCGACAAGAUCAUUGUUGUGCCAGGGAAAAUUGAAGACAUCUCUCUUCCUGAGGCUGUGGAUGUGAUCAUUUCCGAACCGAUGGGAUACAUGCUCUUCAAUGAAAGGAUGCUGGAGAGUUACCUUCAUUCCAAAAAAUGGCUGAAAGCGAAUGGAAUGAUGUUCCCGACAUUCAGCGACAUCCACUUGGCCCCCUUUUCUGACGAACAGCUCUACGUGGAACACUACUCCAGAGCCAACUUUUGGUACCAGCACUGCUUCUAUGGGGUCAACCUGUCCAGCCUCCGGGGGGCUGCAGUGGAUGAGUAUUUCAGGCAGCCGAUAGUCGACACAUUCGACAUCAGGAUUUUGAUGGCUCGGACAGUCAAAUACACAGUCAACUUCAUGGACGCCAAAGAGGCAGAUCUCCACAGAGUAGAAAUCCCCUUUGUGUUUCAGCUGACACAGUCUGGCCUCGUCCACGGCCUGGCGUUCUGGUUCGACGUGGCCUUUGUGGGAUCUCUGGUAACUGUUUGGCUGUCAACAGCCCCAACUGAGCCUCUAACCCAUUGGUAUCAGGUGCGGUGCCUUCUUCACACUCCUCUCUUUGCCAAAGAAGGAGAGACCCUCUCGGGGAAAGUGCUUUUUGUAGCCAACAGACGACAGAGCUAUGACAUUCAGAUUGUGGCACUGGUAAACCAGACAGGCUUCAGAUCUGGGAACAUCCUCGAUUUAAAGAAUCCUUUCUUUAGGUAA